AUGAAGUUUUUGCUGUUAAUAGGUUUUAUAAUAGCGAGCUGUAAUGCUCAGCUGAAGCAAGAAAGGCGGUUUCCGGAUGAUUUUCUAUUUGGUGCAGCAACAGCGGCUUACCAGAUCGAAGGAGCAUGGAACGCAGACGGCAAGGGAGAGAGUAUUUGGGAUCAUAUGACCCACAAUAGACCUCAUGUCAUUGUGGACAUGAGCAACGGAGACAUCGCAGCAAACUCUUAUUACAACUACAAGCGCGAUGUUGAAAUGAUGAGAGAACUUGGAAUCGACAUUUACAGGUUUUCUAUUUCAUGGCCCAGAAUUCUGCCAAAUCCCCUAGCUCCUAGAAAUGUCAACCAGGCUGGCAUUGAUUUCUACAACAAUUAUAUCAAUGAAAUGUUGAAAUACAACAUAACACCCAUGGCUACGAUUUUCCAUUGGGAUUUACCUCAGAAGUUGCAAGACCUAGGUGGUUUAAUGAAUCCCAUGUUCCCUGAAUGGUUUGAAGAUUAUGCUCGAGUUGUUUUCGAAAAUUUUGGCGAUAGAGUUAAACUUUGGAUUACAUUCAACGAACCCAGAGAAUUUUGCUACCAAGGCUAUGGCGCUUAUGAAAGGAUUCCCCUCCUAAAUUUAACCGAUAUUGGUACAUACCACUGUGGUAAAAAUCUUUUACUUGCUCACGCAAGAGCCUACCAUGCUUAUAAUAAUGACUUCAAGCCAAACCAGAACGGCGAGUGUGGUAUUACUAUUAAUAUAAGCUGGUACGGUCCGUUGACAGAUUCAGAAGAAGAUCAAUAUGCAGCUGAACUUAGGAGGCAAGCAGAGUGGGGUAUAUACGCGGAACCAAUAUUUUCUGAACAAGGUGGUUUCCCGAAGGAGUUUGCGGAGAUCGUUGCAAGGAAAAGUAUCGAACAGGGUUACUCAAGAUCUCGCCUGCCUGAACUUUCUGAGGAAGAACGAAAAUUCAUCCAAGGAACUUAUGACUUCUUUGGUAUCAAUCAUUAUACGUCUAAUCUCGUAUCAGCUAAUGAAUACAAAACUGUUAACCCCGUUCCCUCAUUGCUGGACGAUGUAGAUGUUGGUAUACACAAACCAGAAGACUGGCUCCAAUCCGCUUCAGAGUGGCUUAAAAUGGCACCAGAUAGUGUAUAUAAUACCCUGACACAUCUUAGCGAUAAAUAUAAUAAUCCUCCGUUUUACAUAACUGAGAACGGUUGGUCUCAGGUCCCAGACGUAGGGUUAAUAGAUGACGAGAGGAUCAUAUAUUACAGGGCAGCGUUGAAUAGUGUAUUAGAUACUCUUGAAGCUGGCGUUAAUCUUAAAGGCUAUAUGGCUUGGAGUUUGAUGGAUAAUUACGAAUGGAUGCAGGGAUACACAGAACGUUUCGGCUUAUACGAAGUAGACUUCACGAGCGAAGCCAAAACCCGCAAGCCGAGGAAAUCUGCGUUCGUUUACAAGGAGAUCGUAAGGUCCCGAUUGAUCGACCCUGACUACGAACCAGAAAACCUGACCAUGUGGAUCGACGAAGGACACGGUGAAUUUAAGGUACAAUUCGAAGAAGCACCGAUGGAUAUUACACCUACAACAUCUGAAGAACGUGGACGUCCACCAAAGUCGAUCGAAGAAGAUCUAUCAGAGAAAUCGAAAAAAAGAAAGAAUAUGGAACAACUUUUAAUAAUAGCGAGCUGUAAUGCUCAGCAGUGGCAGGACAGGAAAUUCCCGGAUGACUUCCUAUUCGGCACGGCUACAUCAGCAUACCAAGUUGAAGGAGGAUGGAAUGCGGAUGGCAAAGGAGAAAGUAUCUGGGAUCGUUUAACUCACACUAAGCCGUACGUCGUUCAGGAUAUGACCAAUGGUGACAUCGCAGCUGAUUCAUACCAUAACUACAAACGUGAUGUCGAGAUGAUGAGAGAGCUUGGACUAGACGCCUACCGAUUCUCCAUUUCCUGGUCACGAAUUCUACCCAAUGGCUUUGCAAACGAAAUCAAUGAAGCCGGUAUUGCCUAUUACAAUAAUUUGAUAGACGAAAUGUUAAAAUACAAUAUCAAGCCCAUGGUGACGCUCUAUCACUGGGAUUUACCACAGAAACUGCAAGAUCUUGGAGGGUUUAUGAGUCCACUGUUCCCGGAAUGGUUUGAGGAAUACGCACGCGUUGCUUUUGAGAACUUUGGUGAUAGAGUCAAGUUAUGGUGGGGAUUGUAUGCAGAACCAAUAUUCUCCGAAGAAGGUGGCUUCCCAAAAGACUUCGCGGAGAGAGUCGCUAAAAAAAGUAUGGAACAAGGAUACAAGAAAUCUCGUAUGCCUGAAUUUACUGAUGAAGAAAAAGAAUAUGCCCGUGGAGCUUACGAUUUCUUCGGAGUAAAUCAUUACAGCGGAUUUUUUGUAUCAGCCACUGAUUAUAAAACUGUCAACCCUAUUCCCAGCUUUUUGGAUGACGAGGAAAAUGGUGUGUUCCGACCUGCAGAGUGGCCUGCAUCCGCCUCACCGUGGUUAGUUCAAUCGCCGAGGAGCUUAUACAACAUGCUAACGGAUAUGCAAAAUAGAUAUAAAGAUGCUGUUUUCUACGUAACUGAAAAUGGCUGGUCUCAACGUAAAGAGGAGGGAUUGAUUGAUGAUCAAAGAAUCACGUACUACAGGGCGGCCUUGAACGACGUAUUGGAUUCCAUUGAGGCUGGCGUUAAGAUAAAAGGCUACAUGGCUUGGAGUUUGAUGGAUAACAUAGAAUGGCUGGAAGGAUACAACGCCUGCUUAGGCUUGUAUGAAGUGGACUACCAGAGCGAAGCACGAACCCGCACGCCGAGGAAGUCUGCGUUUGUUUACAAGGAGAUCAUAAAAACGCGUGUGAUCGAUCCGAACUACGAACCAGAGAACCUGACCAUGUGGAUCGAUGAAGGACAUUGA